AAAUAAAACAAAUGGUGAGAAUAUAAAAAGAAGAUGAAUAAACAAAGAAUCAAACAGAAUACUGUAUCAAUAACAAGCAGCUUUCCAAAUCACGUAACAAAGAAAAAAUUAUAAGAACGUAAGAAAGCAUGAGGUAAGGUGCGGCGUGGAAGCACACUUGUACUGAAGGCCACAGCUGCCAGCUGUGUUCAAACGGCGGGGGCGGCAACAGUAUAGUGGAAGUGGUGGCAGAGAGCAGGACAUGCCAGAGACUCAACACACAAUCAACAGGAUAUGACCCUCAAUUAGUUAGUGCCACUCGCGAUAGACACAAUUUGAGCGUGUCCAUUGUAUGGAACAGAAAGAUAAAAAGCGUACUGUGUGAAACAGGUGUGAAUACAGGACGUGAACCAAGAGCAUGCGACAAAAACAAGUUUGCAGGCCGCCAGGGAAGUAGCAGAUGGAGCGAGCAAUACCAAGUUGACCAACGCGCCGCAGGAACGUGUGGUGCCAGAGCGGAAUAAACCUGGUCUUCCUACUACACCCUCCACCCAUCCCUCCCUCUUCCCGUCCCUGACUUUCUUCCUUCUUUCCUCUCUCCACUCCUGUGUCUUGCCUUCGACAUUUACGUAUACGAGGGCGCAGAAGGAGGGAUUCCCAGCACCAUGGCGGACCACGACAAGAAGCAAGGGCUACACAACCCAGCCUUCUCCAACGAUGACGGAAAACUGCAAACGGAACCCUCAGCGAACUUCAAAAAGGUGGACAAUGGCUUUGGGAUGACCGAGGUGGUGAUACAGGAGAAGAAAGAGGGAGAUCCAGCACAGCAGCGGGCCAUCAUGAAGAACGUCCUGAUCAUCUCCCUCGCCUUCACCUUCCUCUUUACCGCCUUCAACUCCAUGGCCAACCUGCAGUCUUCCAUCAACCAAGCAAAUGGUACGGUGUCGCUAACUAUAAUUUACGUAGCGCUGGUGGUAUCUUGCUGCUUCCUGCCGUCACUGUUUAUCAAGUUUUUUAAGUCUAAGUACACAAUGGCGCUGUGCAUGGGGGCAUACUCUACUUACAUCGCAGCACAGUUCUACCCAACCCUGUCCUCGCUAUUACCAACGGGGAUCCUGCUUGGGAUAGCAGCGGCUCCGCUGUGGUCGGCGAAAUGUACUUACUUAACUAAGGUAGGCAACAAGUACGCCGACCUGACGGGACAAAACGAGGAGGUGAUCGUUACGCGGUACUUCGGGAUUUUUUUCCUUUUCUUCCAGUCGACGCAGGUGUGGGGCAACCUCAUCUCCUCCACAGUGUUGUCCAGUGGUGGGGAGGAGCUAAACAAGACGGAAGAGGAGCUCAAUCAAUGUGGCUACAAUUUCUGCCUAACAGAAGAAACAGAAAAAAAUAGUACCGGUAACGGCACUGAUGAUAUCAUUCCUGACUGGCAGAGGUACACUAUGGCGAGCAUCUACCUGGUGUUCGCUCUCCUGUCAUCAGUUAUCAUUAUGCUCUUCGUCGAUCCUCUCAGCAGGUUCUGUGGGGAUAUAGCCGAAACUGAGGAGAAGUCGUCGAUCCAGCUUCUGAUCGCCACCUUCAACCACAUGCGUCACCCGUACCAGCUGCUCAUCAUCCCCCUCACCAUCUGGUCGGGCGUGGAACAAGGAUUCUUCCAGUCUGACUUCACCGCCGCCUACGUGUCGUGCGGCCUCGGUGUGCACAUGGUGGGCUACGUGAUGAUCUGCUACGGCGUGUGUGACGCCCUCUGCUCCAUCUCCUUCAGCCCGCUGGUCAAACUGGUGGGUCGCGUGCCCGUCUUCACCGUGGGAGCGGUCAUCAACUUCGGGGUCAUCAUUACUCUCAUAAAGUGGCGCCCUCAUCCUGACGACACGGCCAUAUUCUUCGUGUUGGCCGGACUGUGGGGCGUGUCGGAUGCUAUCUGGCAGACGCAGAUCAAUGCUUUCUACGGUGUGAUCUUCCCUGGAAAGGCCGAAGCUGCAUUCAGUAACUACCGCCUCUGGGAGUCCAUUGGGUUUAUCAUCUCCUUCGCCACCAGCAGCCUCAUAUGCAUCAAAGCAAAGAUCAUCAUUCUGUUCGUUUUCAUCAUCUCAGGCAUGAUAGGAUACUUCGUCAUCGAAGUUACCGAAAAACGAGGAGGCCUCAAGAAAGAUAAUAAUGGAAAUGUUAUUACCAUAGACGAGCUUAUCAAAGGAACUCCCCAUGAGCAUUGAAGGAAUACAAUACAAUUAUUGACUGUUUGUCUAGCAAUACACGGAAAGUUUCAUUUGGGAUCAAUUGUAAGGGACAGCUUGCAAUAAUAGGUUGUGAUAACAAGCGACUCUUGUCAUAUACACUGAUGCAAAGGUGUGCAGUUCAAGAUAGAAAACCAAUAAUCUAAUGUUGAAACAGUAUGAAAAAAUUAUAUGUGCGAGACUGUGUGUGUGUGUGUGUGUGUGUGUGUGUGUGUGUGUGUGUGUGUGUGUGUGUGUGUUUCCGUUAAUAAAGUAAUAUUAAGGU